AUGAUUGAAACAAAGUCACUUGUUAAUGAAACAUCUCCAGUUCAUCGUCGCAGUGGUACUACGUUUGAUGAUACGGAUGAGCUUGAAUUUCAACAGCGUUUAGAAAAAAUCGAACGUGAAAUAGUUGAAUUAAAAUUUGAAAAUUCUUUAUUUGAAACAGCGUUGGAAAGAAAAAAAGCUGAAUCAACUAUUUCUCAUGUUUCACCAUCAAUACCGCCAGUUAGUUCAUCUCAAGCAACAACACCAACUGGUUCCUAUCAAGAUUUAAUAAAUACAAGUUUAACAAAUCGAAAUGAUCGUGUAACACGUAAACAAUCAAAAUCACGAAGUACUCAAAGUGAUUUUCGUAUACUUUUAACACUUGAACAAAAACUUGCUAUUAUUAUGUCGGAAUAUGAACAAAUAAAAAUUGAAAAAAUGCGUCGUGAAACAAUCAAUGAAAAGAAAACCGAUCAACUUGAGUCUGAUGUUGAAUGGAUUAAUAUUGAACAAUCAGAUUUUGAAUUAGCUAUAACAGAAUUUCUUAAAAUAAAAGAUUCAUCAAUUGAUAAACGUACACAUAAAUUAAUCGGUGAAAAAAUUAAUCGUUAUUUUCAUGAACAUCUUCAAGCACGUGAAUCAUUAACAAAUAAAUUACGUAGUCGUUCAUCAGGUUUAAAAAGACAAAUUAUACGUUUAGAAGCACAAUUAAAACAACAAGAAGAAAUGGGAGAAAGUUUACAUGAAGUAGAUUUUAAUCAAUUAGAAAUGGAAAAUAAACAAUAUUUAGAUAAAAUUGAUGAGAAAAAUAUUGAACUUGUUUUACUUAAACGAAAAGUUGCAAAAGUUUCAAAAUUAAUUAAUGAUUAUAAAGUUAGUUUAAAUACAAAUACAAUAGAUUUAAUUGAUAUUCAACAACGUAUUAAUAAACAAGAUAUUUUAUAUAAAUUUACUGAACAAGAAAUAAUUAAAGCUAGUUCUGAACAAUCUCGUGCUGCUAAAAAACAUAAUAAUUUAUGUGAUCAAAUAGAACAUUAUCAAGCACCAGAAAUAUUAGAUUAUGUUAAGAAGAAAUCAUUACUUUGUAAUCUUCAACGUGA